AUAAGCAAGCAGGGAGCUGGAGCCGGGAGGUUGGGGGGAGCCCUGGUUCCACCAACACCUUGGAGUUGGGCUGGGUCUGUGUGGAGCCCCAGAGAUGUUCCCCAGCCCAUUCUUCUUAAGAACCAAUGAGUAAAAUUAGGGGCCUCCCUCCUGCAAUCAGGGACCCAGGCCCUGGAGUGGAACUUGGAGUAGAAGAUGGCCUUCUUUGUCAACUGAUUCAUUCUCCAGAAUUCAACUUGUUCUCUGACUCAGUGGUGUUUGAGAGCACCUUUAUCCAGGUCACUAAGCAAGGAAACUGGAUGGAUGCCUAUGAAAAAUCUGCCACUAUAAUCCUUGGAGUAACCUCUUCAGUGCCCUCCUUGCCACUCCCUAAUAUCCUCCUGAUGGCCAAUGUCACCUGGCCUCACGGUCCGUUUUCCACCUGUAGCACACUUGGUGCCCCUGUCAUCACCCUCAGCAGGAUUCUUCCCCUGAAGUAUGUGGAGCUACAAAUCUAUGACCAGACCCAGCGCAUCCUUCGGGUUAGGACAGUGACUGAGAAGAUCUACUAUCUGAGGCUCCACGAGAAACAUCCCCAGGCUGUGUUCCAGUUCUGGAUCCGCUUGGUGAAGAUCUUACAGAAAGGUCUGUCUAUCACCACCAAAGACCCAAGGAUCCAGUUCACUCACUGCCUGGUGCCCAAGAUGCCCAACUCCUCCAUCGAAACAACACCUGAAAGCAGCCUGCCGGCAUCCUCCCAGAACAGCGAGACCAUAAUGCUGCUAGCAGCUGAGCAUGACAGAGGCAGUCUCUUAGAACUCUCAAACAAACACCAGCUCUCAGGAGACAGACACACUGAUACUGCGGCAGAAACAGACAACUCCAGCAAUUGCAAGACAACCCCGCUGGUGACAUCUUCAAUUAGUAUGCCCAUGAGAGCUGCUUUGACCCACAGUCUCUGGGAACAAGAGGACUCAACUGAGAACUUCCUGCAGGCUCCUGUAGCUAGCUCCCUAGGAGAGAACUUUUUGGGACCCUAAUACCUAGCCAGAAUGGGGUGUCAGCCUUGUGUUCUACACUCUUGCUCUGCCUCCUACAAUGCUGCUUCCCACAGUGGGCCAAGUAACCAUGGGAGAGAUGAUAUGGUACUUAUGCCAAGAUGCUCUUCUACUUCCACCAAUAAACCUCCAA